AUGCGGCGUCGCCCGGGCUCCGGCGCCAGGAGUCCUCGCCGGCGAUGCUGUGCCGCCAGGGGGAGCCUACCUUUGCCAUGGACAGGAGCCUGCAAGAAUGAGGCUGCCGAAGUUUCCAGCCAGGAGGAUAUGGCCUCAAGCACCACAGCCUCCCAUCAUGAGUUUUGGGACCCGGAGGAGACAAGGACCAGCAUGAUGAUCAAGAACCUUCCUUCAACUCUCUCGGGGCAGGCACUCAAGGAUCUCAUUGACAAUGAGGGCUUCAAUGCAUCCUAUGACUUCCUGUAUUUACCCAUGAAGUUUAUCAGCAAGCAGCCCUUUGGGUACGCCUUCGUGAACUUGAUCUCCGCAGACCUGGCAAGGGACUUCUGGGUCCACUUCGACGGCUUUCAUCUCCACGGCUCCACCCUGGCGAUGUCGUGGUCUACGGACAUCCAGGGAAUUGACCAGCACAUUGCGCGGUACCGCAACAGCCCUGUGAUGCAUCCGUCAGUGCCGGAGGAGUGCAAGCCCUGGCUGCUGAAGGACGGGCAGCCGAUCAUCUUCCCCGCGCCCACGGUACGGAUUAAGGCGCCGAAGUGCCGUGCCUAG